AUGCGUGAAAUAGUGCACGUUCAAGCUGGUCAAUGUGGGAAUCAAAUCGGAUCCAAGUUUUGGGAGAUCAUAUCAGAUGAACAUGGAGUAGAUACGACGGGCAUUUACCGGGGCACGAGUGACCUUCAGCUCGAGAGGAUUAAUGUGUAUUACAAUGAAGCUUCAGGAGGUAAAUACGUCCCACGCGCUGUGUUGGUGGACCUGGAGCCCGGCACCAUGGACUCUGUGAGGUCCGGUCCUUACGGCCAGCUGUUCAGACCUGACAACUUUGUAUUUGGGCAGAGUGGAGCAGGCAACAACUGGGCAAAAGGACACUACACAGAGGGCGCUGAGCUCGUUGAUGCAGUGAUGGACGUUCUCCGAAAAGAGGCAGAGGGCUGUGACUGUCUGCAAGGUUUCCAGCUAACCCACUCUCUGGGCGGUGGCACCGGCUCCGGCAUGGGCACCCUACUCCUCAGCAAGAUCCGCGAGGAGUUCCCUGACAGGAUUAUGAACACUUUCAGCGUUGUGCCUUCACCUAAAGUGAGUGAGGUAGUCCUGGAACCAUACAAUGCGACGCUAUCCGUACACCAGCUGGUGGAGAACACCGAUAUGUCUUUCUGCAUCGACAACGAGGCCCUCUACAAUAUCUGCUUCAAAACCUUGAGGUUGAGCAGUCCCAGUUACGGUGAUUUGAACCAUUUGAUAUCGAUGACAAUGUCUGGUGUGACCACAUGUCUUCGUUUCCCUGGACAACUGAACGCCGAUCUAAGGAAGUUGGCUGUGAACAUGGUUCCUUUCCCAAGAUUGCACUUCUUCAUGCCUGGAUUUGCGCCGUUGACCGCUAGGAACUCCUUCAACUACCGUCCUCAAACAGUUCCUGAGUUGAUGAGCCAGAUGUUCAACGCGAGUAAUAUGAUGACGGCUGCAGACCCUCGCCACGGGCGCUACCUCACAGUAGCCACGAUGUUCCGAGGCAAAAUGUCCAUGAAAGAAGUCGACGAACAAGUACUAGCCAUACAAAACAAGAACUCCAGCUACUUCGUGGAAUGGAUCCCCAACAACCUGAAGGUUGCGGUGUGCGACGUGCCCCCCCGCGGGCUCAAGAUGUCUGCCACCUUCAUCGGCAACAGCACGGCCAUCCAAGAGAUCUUCAAACGGAUCAGCGAACAAUUCACCGCCAUGUUUAGGAGACGGGCUUUCCUCCACUGGUACACCGGCGAAGGUAUGGACGAGAUGGAGUUUACUGAAGCUGCCAGCAACAUGGCCGACCUGAUCUCCGAAUACCAGCAGUACCAGGAAGCAGCAGUAGAUGACGAGGAGGUCUUCGACGAGGAAGAAGAAUUGGCGCAAGAACAGCAGCCGUAUGAAACCAGAGAGAAUAGACAAAUACCAGAGAUAUAG